AUGUUUAAACAUGUUCUACGGCAACAACGUGUUCGGGGCAGCAAAAAGAAGAAAGCUAAAGAAGGUAAAAUUCAAAUUUCAAAGUUGCCGAAGAUAACUAAUUUUAUUAAUGUUCAAAGUGUUCAAGAAGCAGAUAUUGCUGCAAGCUUAUCUAAUGAGCUUGGGCCAAUUGACGAGACAGAACAUUCGGAAUCCAAUGAUAAAACAUUGCUUCCUUUGCCCGAGAAUUCGGAGAUUUUAAAUCAUAAGUGUACAGAUGAGUCUGAAAAUCUCAGUACAAUUACAAAAUAUUCAACAGACUUAGCAUCCUGGAAAGAUAUCAACGAAGAUUUACGAAACUAUUGCUUGCAAAAAGAUCCAUCUUUUUUUCAUAUUAAGAAUGUUGAAUAUACAAAAUUAGCUAGAAUUUAUGACAAAAAUGAGAAACAGAAAAUAAGAUCUCUUUUUUAUCGCAAUUUGCACAACGGAGAAACAGUAGAACGAGACUGGCUUUCUUAUUCUCCAUCGACCGGUAAUAUUUAUUGUUUUAUUUGCCACUUAUUUUCAAAUGAACGAAAUCAAUUCGCGUUUUUUGGAUUUCGUGACUGGAAGCAUCCAGAGCGAAUUGUAGACCACGAAGAGAGUCGAUCUCAUAAGGCAUCUUUGAUAACGUACUCUAAAAGAAGAAAAAACUUAAAUUUGAUAAAUACACAAAUGACGCUUCAAUUAAACAAAGAAAAAAAUUACUGGACACAAGUUCUUCGUAGAAUCACUGAUGUUAUUAAGUUUCUUGCUUCUAGAGGUCUAGCUUUUCGAGGCAGUAAUCAAAUAUUUAGGUCAACGCAAAAUGGAAAUUACUUAGGAAUUUUAGAACUUUUAAGCAAAUACGAUAAAUUAAAAAAAUCGAAAUAUUACUCGAUUUGUGUUGAUUCUACGCCCGAUGUUUCGCACACAGAUCAGUUAGUUUUUGUAGUUCGCUAUACAACUGAUAAAGGUCCCAUCGAGCGCUUUUUAUUAUUUAUCCCAAUUGAGCAACACAAGUCUGAAUAUUUAAGUGAAGUUGUAAUUAGUUUUUUACAUGAACAUAACGUCGAUAUUCAAGACUGCAGAGGACAGUCAUAUGAUAAUGUCUCAAAUAUGUCAGGACAAUACUCAGGCUUGCAAGCGAGAAUCAGAGAAAUUAAUAAAUAUGCUAUUUACAUUCCUUGCGGGGGCAUUCUUUAA